AUGAAGGCCGAGGCAUCUGCCGACACACUGGGCGAUGUGGAGGUUGAUGCACUGGUUGCAACUAUGGUUGACAAGUUAGCAGACGUUGAAGCCGAGAUACUUGCCGACGCAUUAGGUGAUGUGGAGGCCAAGGCAUUGGUGAACACAUUAACUAACACAUUAGAAGAGGUAAAGGACGAGACACUUGGAGACACAUUGGGCGAUGUAGUGGCCGAGGCACUCGUCGACUUAUUGGGUGACACGUAAGCAGAGGUGAACGCCGAGACACUUGUCGACACAAUGGGCAAUGUGGAGGCCCAGGCACGUUUCGUCACAUUGGCUGACACGUUAGCAGAGGUGAAGGCCGAGACACUUGCUGACACAUCGGAUGAUGCGGAGGCCAAGACUCUGGUCGACGCACUCGCUGAAAAAUUAGCAGUGGUGAAGGAAUGAAUGAAUGAACAAUUUUAUUAACGUGUCAAAAUUUUCUAGGUGGCCACAAGUAGCCUACCAAUCGGGGACACCUAGUUAAUAAAAUCUGUUUAAUAAGCUUAAGGUUACAUUCGAUAAUAUUAACAAUAAAUAUUCACUAUAAAAUUACAUUAAUAACGUUAACAUAUUUUUAUAAACGUGAAUAAAUAAAUAGAUAAUAAUAACAAUAAAAUAGUGUACUUUCUAAUUAAUCUGAAAGUAAAUUAUCAAAUACGGCCUCAAGUACUACACAAGUUAGAAUUUCAACAUUUGUUCUCAGCUAUGAAACUUGAAAAGACUUUCUUUCCAAUACUUGUUUUGAAAGCCGAUAAUGUGGCUAGGUUCCUGUCCUUGUGUCUGCCAUAUUUUACGGUAUCGAACCUGGGAAUAAAGAAGUCUGAAUUUCGUAAGUUAUGACUUGACAAUGAUACGCUGAGGAUUGCGAUAUCCUGCAGGCGCCUAUUGUAAAGACUAGUCAUCCGUGCACGCGUAAGUAACUCAUCGUAUGAUGAUCUCCAAUUGCAAAAUGCAGCUCGCAGACCCCGUUCAUUGACUCUCUCAAGCUUUCUCCGGUCUGAGCCUCUACAAAAGUGCCAAACGAGGCUACAGAAUGUCAGAUAUCGCAAAAUGGCGGCCUUGUAUAUUCUUCAUUUCACUUUCUAGAAAGCUGAAGAUAUAUCGUUACUAAACAACAAGUUCCUGUCAAUUAAAAGGCCUAAAAGAUUACGUUUAUCCAAUGGCUGUACUAUGAAAGUGUCAAUUUCGACAUCACGCUGAGUAGAGUCAUUUGAUAGAAGGAAUUAUAGGCAAUUAAUCAUGUUGUGAAAAGACAUCCUUAUUUGAAAUGCUUGUUGGGCAGUUUUUCUUUGGAUUAGAAAGUGUUUGCAAGUUAGGGCGUUAGUGUUGAUUUCGUUUGUAGGUAUGUAUGAGUUGAGCGGUUGACCCUAUACAAUUUUGUACUUAAUGGGGUUCGAUCAAGUAUUUUGUAAGGCAAAACGUUCACAUUCGAACUUCUGUUACCUACACAGCUUGAUAUUCAUAAUAACACAUGGAUACUCUUGAUUAUAUUUAACUAUAUUAUAUUGGUAUAUACAUUUGAAAAUGUAGCGCCUUUAGUUUGAAAUCGUUGUGAAAUCUCAGAGCAUUACUUGUACGAUGGUAAAGAUGGGCACAGAGACUGUGUUUUUGCUAUUUGAUAAAUGAAGUUUAGAAAACGAUUGUAGGUAAAUUAAUACAACAUUUUAACACAUUUCUUUACAUGAUCUGUUUUCGAAUAGAACUACGAUUACGAAAGGGGAAAGGGCUUUCUUCUUUGUCGUACUUGUUUUCGGUGCUUAGCUACUUUCCUCCAGCUGUCCUUGAAAAGCUUGUGAUUUUCAAUUUCUUUUUUACUUUCUUACUCUGGCUACCACUGAGGUACAUUAAUUGGCCUCUUUCGAUCAGAUUUUAGUUUGUUAAAGAAGACCUCGUCAUGAUCCAACUAAAAGUUGGCCAGCACUAAAAAUCACUUACACCUUGUUUACUAAAAGCAAUUUUAAAGGACCAGAAAACAUACAUUUCACCUUUUAAAACAAUCCACGCUAAAACGAAAUGUAUUUUCAGCUGUUAUUUUUCCUAAAUACGUUUUCCUAAACUUGCGGUUUAAAAGUUUGUUUUUGGUAUUUUCAAAGAAAGGCAGAACAGAAAGGCAACUGAGGCAACUGGGAAUAGGACCCACCAUUUCCUCGUUUAUAAGAUCCCGGUGAACGUAGUCCUGAAAAGGACUUUCGUUGACAGUGACUGAUGUUUUGAACACCUUGAGGUAGUCAUCUUCAGAGUCAAAGUGAGUUGUAUCAUGUCAGUUGAUGGUAUUAAACUCUGCUUAUUGACGUGAUUGGUCAAUUAAGUCGCGAUGUCAUUGGUCUUCUGUCAGUUAAGCCGUGAUGCUAUUGGCUAUGAUGUCACUGGUGCAUAAUUUUUGCUCAAAUUUUAUUUACCCUUAAACGGCCCGGUAGAGUUUCACCUUAUACGGUCUUGUUUGUACGACAUGCAAUACCAGAAUCAUUAUGAUUUACUUUUUGAGAAUGAAAUAUGAACUCAGCACAUAAGUAUGAAUGAAGGGGUAUAAUUCCUAGGAUAUACCAUUUAAAUCCGAGGCCCCAUAAACACACUUAUUUGGAUAAAUUUAAAACGGCAUCUUUCUUCCGGGUUUGACCUAAACAGAUAUAAUGAAUCCAUUCCUUACACAACGCUAACAGAAAAAACACUCGAUUAAUUUUAAAGGUGUUGUCGAAAUUACCUUUUCCAUCGGUGACACUUGUGGACUAUCUAGUUGACAAGUUAGCAGAGGUCGAAGUAGAGUCACUUAGUGAGAAACCACUUGAUGGCGAGAUAGCAGAAGUAGAAUUCGAGAAACGGACUGUCACAAUAGCCUCGGUAAACGCCGAGACACUUGGUAUUGCACUUGCUGGAAAGUUAGAAAAAUUAGUGAUCGAGUUACUGGCCAUGACACUGGCCGGGAAGAGUCCAAGCCACUUGGCACCGACCUGUUUGAUAAGUUAG